UAGGUGUCACUGCCCCCUCGGUACGGGCAUGCGGCGGCAUGCAGCAGCAGUCCGGUCACGGGGACUCCUGACAGGGACUCCCGUCGCUCCCCCCUCUGUAUAUUUCCGCCUAUCCGGUGUUUCCAGGAAUCAUUCAUCUCCGCCAGAGCCGCGGCUCGGUCUGUCCCGACACCAGCCCGCCGUCCGUCCACUCGCCUGUCCACCAGUCUGUCUCCAGCUGCGCGUCGUGUCCGGAUCUCCAUCUCAGAAGGUCAAACGUCCCUUUCAUCCACGGAGUCAACUUUUCCUCCUCGAUCCGCGGGGAUCGUUUUCUCCAGUCCGCUGCCGUUUCCUCCCGGCCGGAUCAGAGGAUGGUUGGCUGAAGUCUGGACUCACUGAUCGGCCGGCUGAGCGUUGCUGGUGGCAACCGCUGUCAUGGCCAAGAGCCCCGAGGUGAAGCUGGCUGUGUUCGGCAAGGCGGGGGUGGGCAAGUCAGCGUUGGUGGUGAGGUUCCUGACCAGACGCUUUAUCUGGGAGUACGAUCCGACACUGGAAUCUACGUAUCGUCACCAAGCCAACAUUGACGACGAGGUUGUCACCAUGGAGAUCCUGGACACUGCAGGCCAGGAGGACAUCCAGCAGAAGGAAGGCCACAUGCGCUGGGGUGACGGAUUCAUCGUCGUCUAUGACAUCACAGAUCGGGGAAGCUUCGAGGAGGUGGCCCCUCUUCGAACGCUCCUGGAGGAGGUGAAGAAACCAAAGAACGUCCCUCUGGUGCUGGUGGGGAACAAGUCUGACCUGGACCACGUCCGCCAGGUCCCCACAGAGGAAGGCGAGCGGCUGGCGGCUGAAAUGGCCUGCGCCUUCUACGAGUGUUCGGCCUGCGCCGACGAGGGCGGCGUGGUGGCCGAGGCGUUCCACGAGCUGUGCAGGGAGGUGAGGCGCCGCAAAGCCGUGCAGGGCAAGGCCCGCCGCCGCAGCUCCACCACGCACGUCAAGCAAGCCAUCAACAAGAUGCUGACCAAGAUCAGCAGCUAGGGACGAGUCCUGCUGGGGCCCAGUGACUCAUGGAAAUAAUUGAGACAAUUUCUGACUGUGAAAUGAUUGACAUGUGGUUAAAUUAUAGUGGGAUCUCCAUGUUCUAUGACUGAUUGACACUGAAGAAAUCAGCAGGGCGGUGAGUCUCCUCUUUGGAGGAGCCAGAAGACGUCAGUCCACUGAGUUCUUGAUGUAGUCAAACCUUUCAGCUAAUACAGUGCAUGGAGUUACAUGGUAACUUAACAUAUCAGUUCUAUGUUGAGGCUCAGAUAUUUCUGGAAUGAAAUAUCUGAACAGCAAUUCCUAUUUCAAAAAGGCUUAAGAUUGAGAAGUGACGCUGUUUUAGUUCAGUCAGUGUCCAUGUCGACUGACUGAACCAGCUGACCAGCAGUGCGCAGCAUCAGUUGGGGGAAUGCCAGUCCUGUGUUACUCUGUUUUCCAUCCAGCCCGAAAAAACAAAACAAGAAAAAACAAAACAAAAUCAACUCUAGAACUACUCUGGAAUCUUUGAUCUAAAAGAACAUCUUAAUGGAAAACUUUAGUGGUUUUAAAACCUGAUUCUGGUAAUGGACACAUGCUCAGUCGAGUCUUUUUGCUUUUUAUUGGUCAUAAGUCUCUCUGUAACUCUCUUUAAGUUAUUCUGUAAGCCGAGGGAUUUCUGAAACUGUAGCAGGCGGAAUACCCAACUUGACAUGCACGGAAUCGAAGAGUUCAUGAUUAAAAGUUGUUUUAUUGCAGCCGGUCUCGGCGGGAUAAAUGCGACCUGCUUCAGCAAACAUUAGAGCUCUUCUGGCAACAGUGGUAAAAAAAAAAAAAAACCAACAACUUCAAGUUCAGAGGAGUGUUGCUUGAUGAGGAUGGACCCCAGUGUUCUUCACCCAUGUCUUUCCCAGAUGAAGAGGCAAAACAUUUCUGCCUCCAUUCUAGAAAGCUGCUCUGCAGUAAAAACGUCUAAGUUGUAUUAAGAUCUCCGGCUCUUCAGCCGGACUCUCAGGCCCUCGGUGUUUGUCUGGGACGCACCAAAGCAAAGGUCCAGAUCAUGCCAGGUCACUGCUGCGUUCUGUAAAUACACAAAGGGAAGCGACGGCGCAAUCUGAGGAUUUCCUUCUGUUAAUUCGUUAAACAGCAGCAUCUAUUAAAUGCAAUGUCUGUGUUUGUUGUCUGAUCUAAACCAUUCAGCUGUACACUUGGAAUUAAACACUGAUGUAUCCAACCUGUU